AUGGUUCCAGGUGCGGCUCCUACCAGCUUCAGCAUCAGUCCGGAGCAGAGCACACUUGUCACAACCUCGUCUUCCUCAAAUGAGACGGCGAUUUCAGCCAUCAGCGGAAUUCCAACCUCUUCAACAAGCUCGUUGUCCGUUAACGUGACAUCUACCACCAGCAAUAUCGCACCUACAUCAACCAACUCUCUUGCCAGCAAUAUAACAAUCGCGUCGGCUGAGAGCACUUCUAUUACAAAUGGAAUAAUCGCAUCAGGGACUUCCAAUACCUCAUCAAUGUCUACCACAACACUUCUGUCCACUGCAACGAUUUGGUCCUUCCCUCCAUUCAAUUUCUCUUGUUCCUCUAUAUCUGGCUCAAGUUGCGGCCCACACAACGGCACGAUCCCGGCAUGGGCGACAGGGCGGCCUACUGAUGGUCCAUUGUCGACCAACAUCUCCUCGCCAGCUUGGGGAUACACCCCACCGGUUGAAACGGACACCUCGCCAGAAGGCGGUGGCACUGUGAUCACUAUCACGAUAGAGGCCACUCCGGCGCCAAUUACACCUUCUCCAAUAACUCUACCACCAGAGGAGAUCACAAUGACAGCAACUGUCCCAGAAUGGCGUAAUCAUACCUCAUCUAUGACCUCUGGCCAAGGCACGACACCGCUGAGUGGCACAGGCUCUGAGACCGGUUCAGUAUGGACAGCAGAGUCUUCAGCUAUCACCAUGACCAUUGUGAUAGGCGACAACAUGACAAGCAUUGUUUCGACCAGUCAACCACUGGCUCCAACGCCAUCAUCUUCCAAUUCAUCUAUCAUUUCAGCUAUAUCGAAUUCAUUAUCCACAAUUAACUCGGAAACCCAAGGAGCCUCCGUUACAGCGUCAGAGUCAUUUACACCCUCACUCACGACGUCGUUAGCUGGUAAUGAAACCUGGACGUCAAUCUCUCCCAUUCCGCCAGUCUCUUCAUUUCCUAUUAAUGCAACUGCAUCCAGCACAGCAAUGGCGCCUAGCAAUUCAAAUACAACAGGAUUAUUCAAUGCGACCGCCACUACAACGACAGCUGUUAGCGGCAGCUCGGGUCUUCCACCAGCGAGUAUAACCUCGUCUCCGCACUGGACCAAUGCCACAAAAAGAACACCAUGUGCCUGGACACCUUCGUACAUAUGGGAGAACUGGAACUAUACCGGGCCCUCAGCCUCAACCUGGAAUGGCAAUUUCAACACAGCGAACAGUACCUCCACGUCGACGGGCAGCCUGGGGAGUGUGUCUCAACCAACAGCGCUCAGCUCUCCUAAUGCUACCAUUGAAACGUCACCUACUUCCUCGACAGAAACAUCGCCUGCAGUAGAUAGUUCCACAAUUACCUCUCUUGCUUCUCCCUCAGCCAUGAUGUCUACAGCCAUUUCUCCAUCACCCAACCAGCAGACCAAUGGCACGGCAACCCCGACAACAGGCGAUUGGUUCGCAAUAAGCACCCUCGGCGACGGGAGCGUUUUGACGACAUUCGUCACGCAUUUUGGUCCCGCGGCGCUAUCUGCCUCUGAGUCUGGCUACGACAAUGCCGCGACGAGCCCUUCGUCGUCGUCGGUGGGACAUCGUGUUGUCAUUCCCCCGAAGAGGAUGGCUGCCUGGGCGAAGAUGGAGGAGGAGAAUUGA